AAAAAAAGAAGGAGUAGACGAAGAAGAAGAAGAAGACGAAGAAGAAGAGAGCAGCUGAUACAAACUAGCUGGUUGAGCUAUAUUUAACCGAUGGCGGUGAUCGACGGUUAUAGUGCGAUUUGUCGAUGAAAGGGGAUCGACAGACUCUUGUACCUCUCUUCGCGCCGAGUGGGUUAGCCACGAAAAAAGGAAAGCGAUGAACUUCCAGGGUAGUAGGCGGCGAGGAGAGGAUGGCAUCGCCAUGGUGAUUGACUUCCUGCUGUCCAACGCCCGGCUGGUUCUGGGAGUCGGCGGCGCUGCCAUGCUAGGAAUCGCUACACUGGCGGUGAAACGGCUGAUAGAGCGCGCAGGCCGCGCAGCCGAUGACGAAAAGGUGGAACAGAAGAUGGCCGAGAGCUGGGAGGAGUUGAGUUUGGUCUCCGCCUCCCCCACGCUGAUCAAGAAGGGCAUCGAGGGCGCGGUGAUGAAACACGUUGCCAAGGCAGCCAGACAGCAGAAAGACGACCUGUGCCAGCAACCUCAGGUGUCCAAACCCGAGUCAAAUUCCAAGAGGCUGCAGCUGUGUGUCCUCAGUUUACAGGAGCGUCUGCAGCAGUACUACCACGCGAGGGCGGCACUAGCUCCCCGCGAGGUCCUGAGAGCUCAGUCUCUGGCCCUGGACAUCUGCGCGGAGAUCCAGGCCUUUCUGCACAGCCGCCACCCCGACAUGCCGCUGGGAGAAAUGAGUCUCGGAGGUUCUCUGCUGGACGACCUUCAGGUGGUCAGUGCGGACCAUGCGUGUCUGCUGGUGCCCCUGCAGCUGGAAGCGUCUCUGUGGCGUCUCAUCCCGGGAGAGGAAACACUGCUCACUCACCCGCUGCACUGGAUGGUCCGCCGGGUUAAUCUAGAAUAUUUCCCCAGAGGACGGAGCUACUGGGACAGGCACCUGGUGGGCUGUUACCUGUCUGCAGAAGCUGUCCUGAACAUGUUCAGUAAAUCCGUCAUGGAAACUAUAAACUGGCCGUCGAUCGGCAGCACUAUGGACUGUGAUGUCAGACCUGUAUUGGGGGGACCGGACCUGAGGCUGGAGAUCCGGCCUCGAAAUGAAGACGGAGGAGGAGCAGAGAGCAGCGAUCCACCCUUGUUCAUCGCCAUGUUGCCUCUGCUGAGGCAGGAGGACGUCGUCCUGACUGCCCAGCCCGAUCUCACCUCUCCCUGGGUCAAUGCUUGGCACCUGUCGCUCUACCCGUGGGAAACGCAGCGUCUGGCGCAGCUGGACGCCGCAGACGACGGAUGCCGCAGACGUUCGCUGAAGAUCCUGAAGGCCGUGUGCAGACUGAACCCCGCCCUGCGACUGCUCGAAGCCGCCCCGCUGGCCAACCUCAUCCUGCACCUCAGCGACAGCGAGGGCGACUGGUCCGAGACCAGCCUGCACGCGAGGUUCCAGCAGUGCAUCACGGAGCUGAUUGGCUACCUGGAGCAAGGGGCGCUGCACAGCUACUUCAAACCGGCUGCCAACCUGCUGAGCGGCUUGUCGGAGGACCAGGUGGACCAGAUGGGCUUCAUGCUCUACUGCGCCGUGUCAGAGCCCGAAAUACUGCUCAUAUAACUCUCUCCACACACACAUGCACUUCACCUCUCGAGCUCUGACACUCGAGGGGUCAAAAGAGUCGUCUUUUAUAUCAUCCAUGAUGUUUGGUUCAAGGCGAAGCUGUGUUCGUCCCGCUGCCGACUCGCCUUGUUCAGCCUCUCCAUCUGGCAAUGAAUGAAAAGGGACGAGGGCACAGCUGCAAUGACAGAAUGGCAGUCGCCAUGGACUGAGGAGGAGGAGCCACAAGAAGGUUGCGAAGGUGAUAAUCGAGGAAAGGAGACGUGCCAAAUUGUAGAAAGUGUUGAUCAAAUGUUUGAUUUGAUGCUUUGGGAUGUGCGUGAUCAUAACUCCCCCACGACUGUAUCCCAGCUCGUGCCAUUAUUAUUAAUCUCCUUUUUCACUGGGAUUAAGAGACGGUCAACACGGCCACGUACAGUUCAGUAUAUAUAGGAGUGCUUACAUUUUCCUCUACCUGACUGCGUAACUCUGCGUCAGUUUUUCCUAAAUCUCCUUUAAUAUAUUAUAACUAUGCAGAACUGCUGAAAACCAUGAGGUUUUUGUUUCACUCAUCGAGCUAUUCUGCAUUGGGCUAAUUUAACUUUAGCGUGUAUAUUUCUUCCUGUUGAAGGUCAACAGUAUUUUUUGGGGGCCUGUUUAAUGUUCAGUUUGCCAAUUUCAUGUGGGUGAACUAACACCCUUAAAUUAUGAUUAACGUUGCCUGAUGAUUUUAUGCAGUUGCUUUUUAAAUACAGUAUGAAUGUGGGCGCUUGUGUUUUCUUCUCUCUUGCGUGUAAGAGAUUUUCUGUGGUUGGAACAGUGACAGUACAAAUAAAAAUGAAAGCACUUGUUUAGAUUCUCA